ACCCUAAUUUCUGAAAUCUUCACUCUCUCGUACGCAUCCGCGACAAUGCCUUUCAAGCGGUACGUUGAGAUCGGGAGAGUUGCUCUCGUUAACUACGGCAAAGAUUAUGGAAAGCUUGUCGUGAUAGUUGAUGUUAUCGACCAGAAUAGGGCUCUUGUUGAUGCUCCUGACAUGGUGAGAAGCCAAAUGAAUUUCAAGAGGCUCUCACUGACAGAUAUUAAGAUUGACAUCAAGAGAAUCCCAAAGAAGAACACCUUGAUUGCUGCCAUGGAGGCAGCAGAUGUCAAGAAUAAGUGGGAGAAAAGUUCAUGGGGAAGGAAGCUGAUUGUCCAAAAGAGAAGAGCCUCUCUCAACGACUUUGACAGGUUCAAAAUCAUGCUGGCAAAAAUCAAGAGGGGUGGAGCUAUCAGGCAAGAGCUUGCAAAGCUGAAAAAAGAGAGCGCAUGAGUAGAAGAUUUGAUUUGGCGAAAUCAAUUUUGGUUGUGGUUUUUGAACUUGUCAUCAGAAUCUAGCUUUUGUUUUUUGUUGCUACCUGUUAGAGGUUAAGAGCAUUUUGAUCGGUAGUAAUAUUGGUCAAUGCACGAUCAGUUUUAGUGAGAAUUUUUAUUGUUCAGUAAACUCAUUGGUUUUU